AUAUGAACUCUACCAGAGAUAAGUCAUCUCAAUUUUCAGUUUGCCUGAUGUGCCGACGAAAAUAGUCACUUGACCAAUAUGUUUAAACUAAGAGUACCAAAGUUUUUGAAAUCUGUGCGAUAUUGUUUAGCAGGUGUAAAUGUGUUAUUUCUGCUCACUGGUUUGAUGCUCCUGGCAUUAGGUAUAGCAGUGCUGCUGGUAUACCAAGAAUAUGAAGAGUUCAUAACGCAGCGGUUCUUUUCGUUGCCAAGCUUCGUGAUUGCUACAGGCGCAAUCAUUCUCGUUACCUCUGUUCUCGGCUUCUAUUGCGCUUAUUCGGAACAGUUUUACUUCAUUCUUGUGUACGUAAGUCUGACUUUGGUUAUUCUGGUGUUCGAAAUGGCAAUAGUAAUAACAAGCUUUGGGCUAAGGAAUGACGCAUCAUCAGAAAUCAGGACGACGAUGCUUAGUUCUUUGCAGCAGUAUGAAAACCGGCGGGAGGUGGCCAUUUUGUGGGAUAAUUUGCAAAUAGGGUUUGAAUGCUGUGGCGUCGCCGGGCGCCAUGAUUGGCCACAAAACCGCCUGCCCGUGAGCUGCUGCCUCAUCGAUUUCGGAACCAUCUCGCCCUUCGAGUGUACCACCAACAACGCGUAUAUGACGGGCUGCGCUAGCGUACUGGGCGAGUGGCUCAGCCACAACGCGCACGUCAUGGCUUACAUCGCGCUGCCUGUUAUGGUGAUACAGGUACUCAUAGUGUCGGCGUCUGGCUGGUUAGCAUACCGGUCCAAGUUCGAAGAGGUAGAGCUCGAAUCAUGAAGAGACCAUGAAAGCACGUUAAAUUAAGUUGAUAUAAGAGCAUGUGUGCCCGAAUGUGUAAAUAAUUAAGUUUGAAGUUAACUUUUUGAAAACAAUGUAUGUUUUUUGGGACAGUGCAAAAUAUGCAAAAUUGAUAGUUACAUCCCUGAAAUGGAAAUGGAGAUUAGAUGUAUUCUAGUUUGAAAUAGAAAUUAGUUUUAAACACCAUUAUACGAGUACGUGAAGCAAUGUCAUUAAUUAUUCAUGCGUUGUUAAGUUGGCUAAUUAGGUAGUUUAAGAAAAAUUAUACGCUAGUUAUCUUAAUUGUCCACUACAUUACCGAGACCUUGGUUAAAGCCAAGGUUUGAAGGUAAACCUGGAAAUGUGGGUAUAGUUUAAAAGGUUGACUAAACUCAUAUGUUUAUCUAAAAUUUAAGGGAGAUACAGCAGGUGUGCUCUAUUUCUUAUAGGUACCGCCUAACCUUAUUUUUGGGACAUCCUGUAUAAAGAAAAUAAUUAUGAAGUUGAACAAACUGGUAUCUACUCGUAUAAGUAUUAUUGUAUAGAUACGCAAUGAUAAGGACUUAGAUAAAAAAUAAAGAAUCACUACUUUGUUCAUUUACUCGUAAUUACAAAAUUACAAGAAUAAUAGAGAAAUAGACAGUUCAAUGUAGAGAUAACAACUUAUGUGAGAUGAUAUUUGUAUUUUUAAAAUAUAUUUUUGUUAAUAAAGAAAAAUUGUUAGAUUU